AUGUCAGAGGCCACCAACAGGAAGCUGAGGUUUAAGAAGGGUCGGAGUGCUACUUUUAGCAUCGAUGGCUUCAGCUUCACCAUUGUGGCUAAUGAGGACGCCGAUGGCAACAGCCGACCGCUGGACCGAUUUGCCCGCUCCAAGUCCCAGAGUGCUUUGUGGAAUGCCAUCACGGCAGGGAUCGGGAUCAAGGACAAGGGAAGUGGGUCGAGGGUUGUCCCUGACGACCCACAGACAUUGGAGGAGAUCUUGGCUGGCGAGCUCCCUGAUGGCCCAGACGUCACAGAGAAGACAGCCAUCAGAUUACGGUGCCUGGUGAAACAGUUGGAGAGGGGAGAGGCAUCCCUGGUUGACCUCAAGAAGAAUCUUGAAUAUGCAGCAUCUGUGCUCGAGUCUGUGUACAUUGAAGAGACAAGGAGACUGGUGGACACCGAGGAUGAGCUCAGCGACAUCCAGUCCGACUCGGUGCCGUCGGAGGUGCGUGAUUGGCUGGCGUCCACCUUCACGCGUCAGAUGGGGCUCAUGCUGCGGCGCACGGAGGAGAAGCCGCGCUUCAGGAGCAUCGUCCACGCCGUGCAGGCCGGCAUCUUCGUGGAGAGGAUGUACCGGCGCACCUCCAACAUGGUGGGGCUCAGCUACCCGCCGUCUGUCAUAGGUGUGCUUAAGAAUGUUGACAGGUGGUCAUUUGAUGUGUUUGCUCUGAACGAGGCGAGUACGGAGCAUGCCCUCAAGUUCAUCUUCUAUGAGCUCCUCACCAGAUACGACCUCAUUAACCGCUUCAAGAUCCCCAUAUCGGCGCUGGUGUCGUUUGUGGAGGCGCUGGAAGUGGGCUACAGCAAACACAAGAACCCGUACCACAACCUCGUCCACGCCGCCGACGUCACGCAGACCGUCCACUUCCUGCUGCUCAAGACCGGCAUGGUGCACUGGCUGACAGAGUUGGAGAUUUUUGCCAUGCUGUUUGCUGCUGCUAUCCAUGACUACGAGCACACGGGAACCACAAACAACUUCCACAUCCAAACAAGGUCAGACACGGCCAUCCUGUACAAUGACCGCGCGGUGUUGGAGAGCCAUCAUGUCAGUGCAGCAUAUCGCCUCCUGCAGGACGAUGACGAGAUGAACAUCCUGUACAACCUGUCCAAGGAUGACUGGAGAGAGUUGAGGGCUCUGGUGGUGGAGAUGGUGUUGGCCACAGAUAUGUCCUGUCACUUCCAGCAGGUCAAGACCAUGAAGAACUUUCUGCAACAACCAGAGAGCAUUGACAAGUCCAAGGCAAUCUCUCUCCUCCUUCAUACGGCUGACAUCAGUCACCCUGCUAAGAACUGGGAUCUGCACCAUCGCUGGACCACCUCCUUAUUGGAGGAGUUCUUCAGACAGGGCGAUAAGGAGGCGGACCUGGGCCUGCCCUUCUCACCGCUGUGCGACCGCAAGUCAACCAUGGUCGCCCAGUCCCAGAUCGGGUUCAUUGACUUCAUCGUGGUGCCGACCUUCACUGUUCUGACGGACAUGACAGAGAAGAUCGUCACGCCGCUCAUCGACGAAGCGGCGCACUCCAGCCUCGCUGGCUUUAGGCGCUCCAGUCUGAACAGUAUUACCUCUGUGGAUGCCAAGCACAGCAGCAUCAACAGCACGGGCUCUGACGGCAGCUCGUCCCACCACGGGGCCCUCCUGCCCGUCGACCCCAAGAACUUCAAGGCCAUCUGGAACGAGGAGGUGUCCCAGAACAGGGAGCGCUGGAAGGCCCAGGCCGCCAAAGAGACGGAGGAAAAGGCCCGUCGUGAGGCAGAGGACCAAGCCCAGCAGGAGGCCCCUGCGGCAAGUCAAGAGGGACAAACAGAACCAGACCAGCCAGAACCAAAGAAGGAGGAGGGCGAGGAGGGGGAUGGCCUUGAGUCAGUGGGCACUGAGAGCCCAUUGGACGAGAGCCCCGUCAGCCACCCUGGAGAGGGUGCCAACACUUUACCGAAUGGAGAGGUGUCAGAGGAAGCCAAAUCCCCAGGCAGUGAUGACAGCAUGAAACAAGAUGCUGAAUGGUCUCCUCUGAUUGGCCACAGAUGUGGAGGGAGGCUGGACACAGUGGACGAGGCCUCCAUGCUGCUGUCCCAACCCACACUGCUGCAGAGGAAGCAAGGGAGCCGACUCCUCGUCCAAAGCUCUGGUGUGCCCCCUGGUGGUUAA